AUGCUGACCCUUGGUCCACUUUUGAUUGCCCUCUCCUCCAUUGUGACCGCAAGUAGAGGGUACCUCGCCGACUGGAACGGAACCCACGUCUUCAAUCCCCAAUGGCCCGCACACGCCAAAUACCACAAUGGUCAAACUAUGACCACCGGUCUGCCGUUGGGUCUCACUGCCUGGCUAACGGCCCUUCAUCUCGUCGCGAUGCUGAGCGGGAUCGUUUACCCCGACUCGCUGCCUGUUGAUCCUGAAUUUGACGAAGGAUUCCCGCAAUUGUAUAUCUGCGGGUUUCUAUUGGCCCUAAUCAUAACAGGACUGAUGCUGGAGGCCGGCAGGAUGAAUGCAUCGAUGAAGCAAGCCGCCGCCAAGACGCAGUGA